UGCCUGACGUAACGAUACUCCUGCAGUUUAAAAACACAGAGAGAGGAAAAAGGACUGCGCGCGUCCCCUCCCCCGUUCACUGGGACUUAAAACGCACGUCCCCGAGGGUUUCUCAUUACAUAUUCAAGGUGCGGCUUUGCCAAACAGGUGAAGCAGAUCCGGAGAUCUUACACUACUCUGUAGAGGAAAAUAUUAUAUAUUAGUUGUUAUUUACCGACUUGUUAGGAUACUGGACUAUCCUUCUCGUAACUUAAAGAUAAACAAAUAUUUCUUUUAAUAUUCUGUUUUGCCGGCAACAGGUGUAGCGAGAAUACGCUGGGUUAAAAGGCCCUUUGUGAAGACCCCGUGGUUCUACGAAGGAGUUUCUGUUCUCGAAAAAUACUUUUUAUUUAUUCUUUUUCAUAAAUAAUUUACAUUUUUGUAACAAAUCUUGUUUUUUUUGUUUUUUCAAAAAAAAAAAACGGAAUUCGUUUUUAAAGAUGGCCAACUCUGGGCUUCAGCUUCUAGGUUUUGCUCUCUCGCUUAUCGGGGUCAUUGGACUGAUUAUCGGCACUAUCCUUCCGCAAUGGAAGAUGUCGGCUUACGUAGGAGACAACAUUAUCACAGCCGUGGCGAUGUACGAGGGGCUAUGGAUGUCGUGCGCCUUUCAGAGCACCGGACAGAUGCAGUGCAAAGUCUACGACUCCAUUCUGCAACUUGACAGCGCCCUCCAGGCGACCCGGGCCCUGAUGAUCGUGGGCAUCAUCGUGUCGGUGGCGGGGCUGGGUGUGGCCUGCAUGGGUAUGAAGUGCACAAACUGCGGGGGAGACGACAAAGUGCGCAAGUCUCGCAUCGCCCUGACCGGGGGCAUCAUUCUGCUGGUGGGGGCUCUGUGUGCGAUAGUGGCAUGCUCCUGGUUUGCCCAUAAUAUCAUCAGAGCCUUCUACAACCCCUUCACCCCCGUCAACACAAAGUUCGAGUUUGGAGCGGCCAUCUUCAUCGCCUGGGCCGGCUCCUUCCUGGACGUCCUGGGGGGCGCCAUGCUGUCCGCCUCCUGCCCCCGGAGCAAACAGGUGUCCAAAUACCCGCCUAGCAACCGCCCCCCCAGCAGCGCCAAGGAGUACGUCUGAGUGAACCAGCCCCCCCGUCCCGUCC